AUGGUUAAAACAAAAGGAAAAAAUAAGAAGAAAAAAGCACAAAAAAAAGUCAACGAAGACAACGAAUACGAAGAUAUGGAAUCAGAAGAUUUAGCUGCCGCUGGCGGAGAAAAGGCCACCGGGAAACAAGUCUACUUACCAGGUGAUCCACUAAAUGAAGACGAAGAACUUGUUCGAGAAGAAAGUGCAUACGAAAUGUUUCAUGAAGCACAAACAGGCGAUCCAUGUUUAAGUUUUGAUAUAUUAACUGAUAGUUUGGGUAUGGAUAGAAGUCAAUAUCCGCAUACAGUCUAUAUCGUCUGCGGAACGCAAGCAGAAAAAUCUGAUCGAAAUAGUGUCAUGGUUGUAAAAUUGUCAAAUUUAACCAAAACUUUAAAAGAAAAUGCAGCAGAAUCUGAAUCCGAUGGCGAUGACGAUGAAGAAGAAGAUACAAAACCAGAGUUUGAAUCAGUUUCUUUAAGGCACAUUGGCGGUGUGAAUCGAAUACGAUCAACAGUUAUUAAUGAUCGUAAAAUAGCGGCGACAUGGUCCGAUGCAGGAAAAGUUCAUAUUUGGGAUUUAAGCCGAUUAAUUCAUGCUGUCAAUGAUUCAUCUGUUAUGGCUGCUUAUGUUCGUAAUCAAGAAUCGCCAAGGCCAUUAUAUACAUUUAGUGGACAUACAAAUGAAGGUUUUGCUAUGGAUUGGUCGCCGACAAUUCCAGGAAUGUUAGCAACAGGUGAUUGUUCAAAAAAUAUUCAUGUAUGGAAACCAAAUGAAACCGAAUGGCAUGUUGAUCAAAGACCUUUCACUGGCCAUACAUCGUCUGUUGAAGAUAUUCAAUGGUCACCAAAUGAACAAAGUGUUUUUACUUCGUGUAGUGUUGAUCGAAGUAUUCGUAUAUGGGAUAUUCGUGCUAUGCCAUCGAAAGCUUGCAUGUUAACCGAAGCUGACGCACAUUCAUCCGAUGUCAAUGUUAUCAGUUGGAAUAAGCAUGAGCCAUUUAUUGUAUCUGGUGGUGAUGAUGGUUUUAUUAAAGUUUGGGAUUUAAGACAAUUUUCUAAAAGCACGCCAGUUGCAUCGUUUAAACAUCAUCGUUCAUCGAUAACGAGUGUUCAAUGGCAUCAUACAGAUUCAAGUGUAUUUGCUGCAGCUGGAUCCGAUAAUCAAAUAACAUUAUGGGAUUUAGCUGUAGAAAAAGAUGACGAAGAGAAAAACGAACAAGCAGCUAGUAAUAAUAAUAAUCAAGUGGAAAACAUACCGGAUCAGUUGCUGUUUAUUCAUAUGGGACAAACAGAUAUAAAAGAAGUACAUUGGCAUCGACAAAUACCUGGUGUAUUAGUUAGUACUGCUCUAUCCGGUUUUAACAUCUUUAAAACAAUCAGUGCUUAA